AUGGACAACGGAUUGGCUGUCAUCGCAAGGAUACCUCAUCCAAUCGCCCGACCCAAGUUCUACACGACGGCUUCGGAGGUGGCAACAAUGGAGUUUGCUCGGAGUGUUCUCAACAUCCCAACCCCCGAGGUGUAUGCAUGGUGUGCGAACUGCGACAAUCCCGUUCGUUCUGAAUACAUCAUCAUGCAGGAGGCCCCUGGCGUGAAGCUGGAAGAUGUAUGGCAUGAAUUCCCCUUGGAGAAGAAGGUAGGGAUCAUGUACGGGAACCUAUAUUUUGCUAAGGACAACAUUGCCGGCGCUGUUGCAGCAGACGUCAUUGGCGAUGUGCCUGUGGCAGUCAAGGAUAGUGUCAAACAACGCUUUUCCAUUGGUCCAGUUACAGCUAGAGGAUAUUGGAAAAAGGAACGCGCGACGAUGAACCUUGAUCGCGGGUCUUGGAAACAACCGCAAGAUUAUAUCAUCUCUCUUGCUCGUCGAGAGCUGGCGUGGAUUCAACAGCACGCGACACCAAGACCAGAAGUUGAUAUCUCGGAGUCGCAGAACAAUCCCAAUAGUCAUAUAUCACUAUUCGAAAAGUUUCUCAGAAUUGCCCCGUUUCUUUUGCCAGGUGACCCCGCGAUGAUCGCCCCACACGUAUGGCAUACAGAUCUCCAUGGAGGCAACAUUUUUGUCGACCAGGGCAAAAUCUCGAGCGUGAUAGAUUGGCAAGGUAUAUGGGCCGAGCCUUUGAUGCUUCGCGCACGCCAUGCACGUUUGGUUGACUACAACGGGGAAUUCAUUUUGAAAGCCCCGGAGAAUUUCAAAUACCUUGAUCCGAGCGACAAGGACAAAGUCAGAGAGCAAAUGAGUAGCUCUAUACUGCUAUAUCUCUACGAAAAGCAGAUUGCCAACAAGGCCCCGCUUUUCAACAGAGUUCUUCGAAUUGAAAACGGUCGGAUAAGGACCGAGCCAAUACUGUUCGUGGGUGACACUUGGGAUGAUGAGAUCUUGCCUUUCAGAGAUUCUUUGAUCAGAAUAGAGCGAUACUGGAGUAAACUGGGCUUCGACUUCCCUUGUCCUAUUCAUUUCAAUAAGGAGGAACUCCAGACCCACACGGAGGAAGGCGAGGGGUGGAAUGAAAUGCAAAACUUUUGGAACAUUGUUGAAGGCUUCAUCGCAAGGGAUGGGUGGACCCCAAAUGACCGUUAUGAUGAUGCGGUUGCUUUGUUCACCGACAUACGUGAGAGCAGCCUGGAGAAUAAUAUGAGUGAGAAAGGGGAGAAUGCCUAACUACAGGCCCUCUGCUCCACACUCUUUUCACGCGUCUUGAAGAGAUAAGGCUCUCUAAGGGCAAAGAAUUACCG